GUGACUUUAAUAAAAGACGUGGUUUACACUUCUUCCUCGGUCACGUUCACGACAUUCAAAUAAGUUUUUACAUCUACAAAAAUCAAGAAAGUACUUCGUUCUCUCAAAACGUUUCUGCAGUCGACUAAAGAUGGCAACACAGACUACGGUUAUUGUAGCCCAGCCUGCCAUGUACGGAGAGGCACCGUGCCAGACUACGUGUCCCAAUUGUAGAAAUACUAUAGUUACAACAGUACAGCGAGAGAAUGGAGCCUGCACUUGGAUCGCCGUUGGCAUUGUAUUACUAUUGUGUUGUCCUUGUUUCUUCAUACCACUUAUAAUCGACACUUGUAAGGACACUCGUCAUUCCUGUCCAAGCUGUAACGCUACUGUCGGAAUUGCCAAGAAGCUUUGAGUCCAAAGGUACCAACUGCGUCACGACAACAAACUUUUGAAACAGUUUAUAAUUUUCUUUCGAUUUAAUUAAAAUGUUGUACAAGCGGAAUGAAUUAAUUUUACCUAUGGGCCUAAGGAAUUUAUCAUAAUUUAAAAAGGUUCGUAUUUUUUUGUGUUUUUUAACAACGUGUAUUUAGUCUUUCAAUGUAUAUCAAAUAUAAACGUGGCACUAUUUUUUUUUCUAAAAAUUUCUAAGUCAAGUUCUUCUCGCCAGUUACCAAGAAGUCUUUGAAAGAAAAUAAAUAACAUUUAUUUUAAUUUUAAUAAAAUAAAAACCACAUGAAAUAAAACCACAUGAAACUACUAAUGAAGUUGUGUUGUAUAAACGUAAAAACUGAUUUAAAAAAAGUUUCUGACAAGUG